CUUUCCCUAUUUUUCGCAAAUACUUUGGAGAUGCAUGGGAACGGACAAAGGCCAGACCUGCAACGGCGUAUGCCUUCAGGGUUGCGUGCCGCAGAAUCGAACUAUUCGGGCUUUAAUCCUUUCUCAUCAGGAUUAGAGAUUGAGAAGGACAAAAAGGUUGAUUCGACUUCUCAAGGAACACUCUGUGAAGAGCGCUUAAAAAAGGAGGUCUCAAAUUUGGAGUCGGAAAUUGAGAAGGCCAAAAGGCCUCUUCGUCCCGCAAAUGGCCUGACCAAACUGGAGUCAAGAACCAAGAAUGCGAACCAAACGGCUUUGCCAAGUACAGAAAAUGGUGCGUCUUUCUCACUGGUAAGACUUAAAUCCGUACCCCAUCUGUUUUUUCAUCAGAAUAAGGAUGCUAACAAUGAAAAUGGAUCGACCAAUCCUGGAUCUAAGAAGGAAGUAUCUCAUAGUACCCCUUCAGCCGACUGUGAGGGAUCGUACAUGUUUUUACUGCCGCAGCAACUUGAGAAUGAGCUAUCAAGAGAACUUUCCUCUUUCGAUUACACUAGGUAUGUAGAAUAUUUCUCUCCUGGUUCAGUACAUGGAUUACUAGCAAGAAAGUGGUUUUAUCUUUCUAAGUUUGGAGUAGAGGAGGCUAUUUACACCCAUGCGUUGUUCAGCUUGUCGGAUCUCACCGGAGAUUUGGAUUCCCAUUUUAGAUGUCUUCGACAAGUGCAAUACAUCCUUGAGUAUAUGCUCGGAGGAAUCGACGAAUCAGCUAAAAAAGAAUCCCUUUCUGAGUUAACUGAGGAAAACUCAUUAGAUGCGUCUUCUGAGAAAAAUGUUGUCUCAAGUGUUAUCACAAAAGAGAGCUCAUCGGAGGCACCUCCUGGGGAAAGUACUUCCUCGAGUAUCAAUGCGAAAGAAAGCCCAUCGGAGGCACCUUCUGGAAAGAGUAGUUCCUCGAGUGUUAAUGCAAAAGAAAACUCAUCGCAUGUCCAUACUAAGGAAAGUAUGUUCGCGGGUAUUGCUGGAGAGGAACCAAUUCCUGAACCGCCACCAAAAGUAGCAGCAUCUUCAUCUAAGGUUGAUCAAUUAGUGAAGCCCCCUCCUGCUAUUUGUUCUUAUAGCAUCCUGGAUAAUUCGUGGCAGCAACGCGGAACAGGCACAUACCUUCCAAAUGUGAACUUCCGCGCCUACAAGGAGCGUUUCGCAUCUUCAAGAGGUAAAAAGCAAGCUUACACAUAUCGGCCACCGAAGUUUCGUAGCAACAAUCAAGAGGGCUCAGCCACAGACAAAAGCUUGAAGGGAAAAGACAGUCAGGAGGCAGUGCCACCUCCAAAAGAAAAAGCCUCUCCCUCUAACGGCAACGGCCGUGGGAAGCUUCCCGCAUCUGAUGCUCCCCCUCCCCCGCGCCUGCUCACCAAAGGUCAUUCCCCAGCCAAUGGCUUUAUUGUGAAACCUGAAGGUAGUGUUGAAUUUGGCUCUCGCAGCGCUGUUCCAUUAGCGGCUUUCUCGCCGGAGCUUCGUAUGAAGGCCAGUGUUGCGCCCCAUAACCAGCGCUCUGCAGUGACCUAUGCAUCAGCAGCGCAGCAGAGAUCGGGGGCGGAUUCGACCCGUGAGAGGCCAACUGAACCAUACAAACUGAAAGAUGAAGGCGACUUCCCCCCUCUCUCUGGUUUGAAGCAGUGAGGAGACAGACUUCUUUUAACAGGUAGAAAAGAUACAACUAAUAGAGGUAGGCAGAAAGAAAGAGAGGAGAAGCUAACCAGUCGGAACAUUACCGUUCGAGUUGCAGCGUUCAUGGCAGUAGAAGAGUUCGUCGUUAUCUAGCUUGCGGUCGCAGUUUCAGUUUCGUCAAUGUACAUACAGUCUAGUAACUUUGCUUUGCUCUUUCUAGUAUCAUCCCUCCCUCUCACCCCCCACCCUUCAGGUGAGCAUGAGGAGGUCUCAUUGUCCAAAGCUUUCUUCUUUUGUGUCCUUCCUGUCCACCCCAGCUCUCAUCUCACACCCCUUGUAGGUGGUUGAGAGUUGAGGAAGUAGUUUGGUUUGUGCUUGAUAUAUGCUAAAAAGAGAGGGAAAUAAGCAAAAAAAAAAAAAAAAAAAAAA